CUCAGAGCAUGUCGCCUCCUGUUGCUGCACCUCACUGUGGGAUCUGCUGUCGACCUUUCAGACUGUACACAUGAACGCAGAGAGCUUUUUUUACGCGUUUACUCGCUAUGUGCGACCCGGAGGCUCGGCGGAGUGAACCAGCACGGCGUCUGUUCUGAGUCCGGAGGGGAAAACCAGGCUCGUCUCUGCGGGGAUUUUUUUUUUUUUUUUGACACAACUUGGCAGAGAAGUCGCUCGCUGUUGUUGCCUCUACUGGAGGAGGUUUGUUCGGAGCUGUUUGCAGAAAAAGUGUGAAACAAGUGUCGGAAAGAGAGCAACAGAUGUGUAUUCGUGGAUAUGCGGCCGGCUGAGGAAUGAGAGCAGCGGCGAGGCACCGGCGGCCCUUCCAGCGGUUCUGCUGCUGUGGAGUCGGGCUGGUCGCCGUCAUUUGGCUCACACAGGUUAUCCAGGCACCAGAGGCGGAGUCUUCUUGGUUUUGGCCAGGCGUGAAUGACGGGACGCUGCGAUGGACUCGCAGGCUGUUGCAGGAGAAGUCAGACAACCAGAGCCUGGAUCAGCCCCGAGCAGCCAUCCAUGAGUUUCCAGAGGACAUCUUUACCAAGGAGCAGAGGAAGAAGGGGGCUGUGUUUCUGCAUGCACUCUGCGCCAUCUACAUGUUCUACGCACUGGCCAUCGUCUGUGAUGACUACUUUGUCCCUUCCCUUGAGAAAAUAUCUGAGAACCUGCAGCUCAGUGAAGAUGUGGCUGGGGCGACAUUUAUGGCUGCAGGAAGCUCUGCUCCCGAGCUUUUCACCUCUCUUAUUGGUGUUUUCAUCACCAAAGGAGACGUCGGAGUCGGCACGAUCGUGGGCUCUGCGGUCUUCAACAUCCUGGUUAUCAUCGGCCUGAGUGGGAUCUUUGCGGGCCAGACUGUGCAUUUGACAUGGUGGUCUCUUUUUAGAGAUUCCUCCUACUACAUCCUCUCUGUACUGACUCUCAUCAUGGUUAUCUAUGAUGCUACAGUUGUCUGGUGGGAGUCCUUGCUCCUCAUGACCAUGUAUGGAAUCUACAUUAUAAUCAUGAAGUUCAACUCCCAGAUUCUGGCGUUUGUGACGCGCCAGUUGAGAAGCGUCAGGCCGUGCUGCGUCGGAUCAGAGGAUCCCAGAGAGGACAAGAUGGGAGAGGAUGCCUCCGCUUGCAACACCUCCAUGGUGCUGCUCAACAAAGGCCAAGCCCAUGGUCAGGAGCCUCCUCCGGUCAUGAUGGUGGAUGAGCUUCUCAUCCUCAACCCCCACAAACUGUCCUUCUCUGAGGCCGGCUUGCGUAUCAUGAUCACACCCCACUUUUCCCCCCGCACCAGGCUCUCCAUGGCAGGACGCAUGCUCAUCAGUGAGAGACAGAGGCUGAUCCGGACUUCGAAGAACCAGCGGGCCGGUGAGGCGGGCCCCGGGUCAAGAGGCGGGUCAACCAGCAACAGCCUGAAGAGGACGGGCUCCUGCAGCCUGGAGAAUGGAGGAGGGAUAGGAGACGCAGAGUUAGCAGACAAGCCAGGGGUGGAGGUGUGCCAGCCAGAGGAGGAGGAAGAUGAUGAAGAUGGGAUUUUCAGUCCUGUGCGCAUACCAGGUGGCUGCUGUGCGCGGGUGAAGUGGGUGAUCACAUGGCCUCUGGGCCUCCUGCUCUACUGCACUGUGCCUAACUGUAUUCUGCCACGCUGGCACCGCUGGUUCAUGGUCACCUUUGUGGCCUCCACCCUGUGGAUCGCCGUGUUCUCCUACCUCAUGGUGUGGAUGGUCACCAUCAUCAGCUUCACUCUAGACAUCCCAGACUACAUCAUGGGCAUAACCUUCCUGGCAGCAGGGACCAGCGUGCCAGACUGCAUGGCAAACAAUAUUGUAGCUCGACAAGGCAUGGGGGACAUGGCUGUGUCUAACUCCAUAGGCAGCAAUAUCUUUGACAUCCUCUUGGGUUUGGGUUUCCCCUGGGCUUUGCGUACCCUUGUGGUGGACCACGGAUCAUCAGUCUUCAUAAAUAAUAAAGGGCUGGUGUAUUCUGUCAUCCUGCUGCUGGCGUCUGUGUUUCUGACAGUGACAAGUGUUCAUCUGAACCACUGGAAGCUGGAUCGCCGGCUGGGUUUGGGUCUGAUGUUUCUUUAUGCCAUCUUCCUGCUCUGCUCCAUCCUCUUUGGGCAGAUGUGAGGCCUUAAGGUCAAAGGUCAAACCCGGUCAGCCAGCAUGCCGAGUACCUACCUUCCUACCACAUGUCCUCUUUUGUGAAGCCAAAAAAAGAAAAAAAGAGUGACAUCAUUGUUGUGUUCCUUGUGAGAGUUUCUGUGCACCUCAAUAGGAGUCGCUAGGAUGAUACUGUACACAUGCAACCACACAAACACACUGAAAUCCAUCAACAGCACAGUCGUUGUUCAAAAGCUGUCAGUCGAUUAUGUAUCAAAUUGGGUGACUGACCAAAAAAUUGAAUGACAUGGCAGAUGGAAGCUGCUGGAUUGUUGAGCCAAGAUGAAACAGGAAAAAAAACAGUUCUGGCCGUCAUUAGCUGGGUUUUCUGCACAGUGUUGUGGCUAUGCAACAGCUAACUGAUAUUAUAAUAAUUAUAUAAUAUAACUGAGCUAAAAUUUCAGUUUACAUCCCAUGACAAAUUUGACAUUAUAUUACAUGCCUGUUUUUAAAUUUGAAUGUACAAAAAUGAAUCUUUCGGCCUUUUCUAUGAACAUUUGUUGCGAAAAGCAGCAAUUUUGAAGAAGGUCAGCUGCGCUAAAACUCUGCCAAAUUAGUUUACUAGCCUACUAGCUAACACGCUACGAAUCCAAACUGCUUCUGCUUAAUAAUUACUUUUUGAAUAAAUUAUGUGCUAAUACUAUUUCAUUAGAGCAAUAAGCCAUUAGAAGUAACACACAUACACACUUUAACACGUUGAUGUACAUGACACAUGUCACAUUAAUUGUUAAUAUUCCACACAGUGAUCUUAAAUGAGGUCUUAAUGACACAAACGUCUUGUUCUGUUGGGACUAUUGCAGUUCUUUUCCUCUGAGUCUACUGUUCAAUUUAUUUAUUUAUAAUAUUAAUGUUCGUAUUGUGAAUGCUGCUGCAGCCAAGCAAAUAAUUAACAGGAUUGUUAGGUCGCUAGUUGGCUUAAUUAACAACACAGUAAACAAAAGUCAUUUCCAAUAGAGAAAUGUACCAUUAUUAUCCUGCAUCUUCUCUGCUGCUGUAUCCACAUAUUAGCUCCUCAGGAUUUUUAGAGACACUAAUCAAACAGUUUUGGGAGGGUAUGCAGAAGCAGCAGACAGCUGCAGUUAUGAUUUACUGCAGGUGAAAUGAGCCGUUAAAGUGAGACUACCCGUUAAAAACCCCACAAGGCUACAGUACGGAACAAAUUGUCUUCAAAACAAGUCAGGGACCAGGAUGUGUGACAAGAGGCUGGAAUUCAAAUGCGGCUGUGGUGAUAAUGGAUGUUCUUCAUGUUGUUCAUUUGAAGAAGCAGUGCUGUAAUCUGCCAUGUCAUGCAUCAGAUUAAUUGAAUUGUCUGUCGGCCUUAGGUUUGAAUACCCUUGUAUGUUUUGAAUGUACACCCUAGCUGACUUUACCAUUAGUGUGGAAAUAUUUACAUGCAUUCAAAUGUAGCAGGUGGCACUGAAUUACAGCGAAGAACCUCUGAACAGACAGUGAGGUACUUAUUAGUUCUACAAUAAAGGACACCGUGUAUGUGUCAGAAGACUUUUAGAAUAGAACCAUUGAUAUGAAAAUGCACAUUAUUGUGACAAUAUUUUGACGAUUUUGCCUCACUACUUAUAAGCAAGUAUUGGUACAGCUUAAUGUACGUAAGAAGUUUUACAGUAUUUUUAGGUCUUAUUACUAUGAAAUCUAAUAUAUAAUGUACUUCUAUGAGUGUCACAAACUUUGACUUUGAGUGCAGGUUAGUUGUAAUACUUCACGUUUAGGUACAACAAUCGAUGUUUGUAUUGUUUCUUGUACAUUUUAUGAGACUAAUUCACUUUGGUGGAACAUUUUUACAGUUUGCACAAACUUGGAUCAGGACGGACACAGAACAAUAUACACUCACACAUAUAUACUGGUGUGUGUGUUAUAGCGAAUAAUGCUGCAUAUUCCAUAUUCAUGUACACCAGCUGCUCUUCUGUCCUGUAAGAAAGCACAACAAUCUGGAUUCAUUCCCGUAAUACAAUAAUUUUUAGAUUUUUUGAGGAUGACAUGCUGUCAGUUUUUUUACUCAUGAAUUCAAGAUCUGUUCCACCAAAGGGAUGAGGGUUUUUUUUUUUUUCAAAUGGCUGUGUAAUUAUUAUCAUUGUCUACUUGACAAUACUUUUUACUGUUUGUAAAUGUUAAAUAAUUUACAUAGUUUUACGAUAAUGAAUGUCUGACAGAGACUAGUUUUGUGGUGUUUUUGAUAUUUAAAAAAAACAAAAAAACAAUGUAGCCUACUUGUGAAUUAUAACAGAAUGAACGCAUAUUUUGUCACUGUUUAGUGGAAUAAGGCUGUAACAUCAGACUAGCACUCUAAUUAAUUCAGUUGCAGUUGUAUUUUCAUCUUUGAAUCUUUUCAGCACUAAGAUUUUCCUUUAUUUCAGUAUUGAUUCAUUGACACACUCAACCUUAUUUCAUGCUGAAACACACAGAAAAUGAGACUCUUAUUUUACAGGCUGAAAUUAAGUAAAAAAAAAA